AUGGCGUCGAUCGCCGCGAUCGCUCCGCGCCUUCGGAUGGCGGCGGCUCCCGCGCAGAGGAUACCAGGCGUUGUGACGCGGAGGCUAGGGGGGUCGCAAAGGCACUUCUCCUCGCUGCCCUCCCUCAGGCCAACGACCUGCCCCCGGACUAGCCCGUUAUUCCGCUCGUCGCACUCGCCGCUCGGCUUCGCGCCCGUCGCGAUCGCCGAACAGUCGCAAACGGCCUCGGUGCUGGACCUGGUGCCCAAGACCACCAUCACGUCACACCCGGCGCUCGGCGGCGUCGCGUCCCAGAUCAGGUGCGGGCCCCGGCCGACGGUGGCGCGGACCAGCCGGCUCAAGCGCGCGAGGACGCACGGGUUCCUCAGCCGGGUCCGGACCAAGAACGGGCGCAAGAUCCUCGCCAGGAGGCGGGCCAAGGGGAGGUCUCGGCUGAGCGGAUAG